GUCUACCCCUGUCUUGUUGAACAAGUGAGCAACGCUUUUUACGCGCUUUUGCAAGUCUUCAAAAUCGGCAACAUGGAGAAGAGGAUUGAGUUAGAAAAACGGGGAAGGAGUCCUUCAGUGAUAAAAGAUUUGAAUCUUGAUAACUGCCGGAGCACACAAAUUGUCGGUUUAACAGAAGAAUUUUCUAAUCUUGAAUCUUUGAGUUUAAUAAAUGUUGGACUUAUAAGUUUGAAAGGUUUUCCUAAAUUGCCAAAUUUAAAGAAAUUGGAACUCAGUGAUAAUCGCAUCUCUGGUGGUCUCACUUGGUUGCAUGGAAGUCCGAAGUUAACACACCUUAACCUCAGUGGAAAUAAAAUAAAAGACAUUGAAACACUAAAACCUUUGGAGGAAUUCAAAAAUUUAAAAAGUUUGGACUUGUUCAAUUGUGAAGUUACAAAUGUCGAGAACUACAGAGAUGAAGUAUUUGGCCUAAUUAGUAGUUUAAAGUAUCUUGAUGGUUAUGAUAGGGAAGACAAAGAAGCUGAUGAUUCAGAAGCAGAUGAUGAAGAUGCGUCAUCUUUAGCAAAUGAAGAUGAUGAUGAUGAAAAUGCUCACGAAGAUGUGGACAGUGAAGAUGAAGAUGAGGAGGAAGAAGAUGAACAAGAUGAUGAUGAUGUCAAUGUUGAAGAUGAAGAGGAUGAAGAAGAUUUAGAUGAUGAAGAUGGUGAUGAUGAUGAGGAUAGUGAAGGCAAUGAUUUCAAUCUUGAUGGUGAUGAAGAUGAAGAAACUCCUCGUGGUCAAAAAAGAAAAAGGGAUGGCGAUGAUGGAGACGAGGAUUGAAAAAACUUUCCAGUGGCAUUGCUUCAUCUAUUCAUCCUAACAUGUAGAGUGAUAAUGUGUACAGCAUAUUUUAUAUCAUCUUUCCUUUACGUUUUGCUGUUCCCAAUCAGCAUAUGAACUGCAAAACUUAAAAGAUCUACAAAGAUUGAGACCAAAUGGGAGGAAGUGGAUCGCCAUCUGCUUUUGAGUCGUGCCUGGUAGUUUGUACCCACAGGAUCCCUAUGCAAUCGCUGCACUGACACUUUUUACUUUUUUGAAGCCGUUACUAUUGUAAAUUUGUUAUCAAGUACUAAAAAUUGAAUGCUCUGAUAGUUAUUCUUGCAUUUGAUUCCAAGUUGUGAUUGUUAUAUUUUAUAAUUUAUUUUUGUGUUCCUUUUUUGCAAAUUACUUAUUUGAUGCAGUCAAGUCUUAUCCCUUUUAGUUGCUUCAACAACACAAAGCUUUACCAUUAUAUUUCAUGAAACAUUUUUAUAAUGAAUUAUCGUAUAAAGAGUUCGUGUUGAAUAAAUGGAUUACUCUCCAAACCCACAUUUCGUAUUUGAAUUUAGUGCAAGUAGGACUCCAGUCCUGCACAGUUUAAAAUAUGACCUUGACUGACUAGUAAUUUUUACAGCUUAUUAAAUGUCAGUAACAUUAACAAAGAUGUUAAAUAAUUAUUAUAGGAAAAAUGAAGUUUAAAAGUGUAAAGGUUUUCUACUGGGAGAGAAAGUUGAUUUUUCAAUUAACAACAUUCCUGUGUUCAAUGCUCAAAUUUUUUAAUUUUGUCUUUUUUGGAAUUCUGUUUAAUGAUAACAUAAAUACUCAUUUUCUGAAAGACUUGACUGUACCUAAUGAUUUUAAAAGCUAUUCCUAGUUUGAUUUUGUUUGGCUCAAGUUGUCAUUGCUUUUACAUCCAUUGCUUACUGAUGUCACAAAAUCAUUUAAGAGUAACAAGCUUAUCUCGAACAAGCUUGUAUAUCACACUUGUUAAUAAAAGUUUUUUAUGGAACAUUUCUUUCUUGCAAUUUUUUAUUUUUAUACUAAUUUAGUGAAUAAUAUGUGAAGAAAUUAAACAGGAUACAAACAAUGCAUGAACGUAGAAUUUAGUUCUUAAUAUGAAAAUUUCUCCCAGAUGUUGAAUUUGGGAAAUCAUACUUUUCAGUGUAUUGCAAUUGCAUUUUAUGAUUUUAUCUGUAUUUUAAAGUUGUAAAUAUGAAACAAAUACAUAAUAGCAUAUGUUUGCAAAUGUUAUGGAGCUUUUAUUGAAAGGAAAUUUAAUAAAAAUUGCAGCAAGUAGACGUAUUUUAUGUCUGAUAUGUAUAAAGCAAUAAGAUUUUUUUGUUCUGUUAUCUAUGCAAAAGCCAUUUUCCUGAUAGCUUGAAAAUUGAUUUUCUAGUUUUAGAAUUUUUUAUUCAACCCUUAAGAAAGGAUAUGAUGCAUAUUUUUAAGAUGUACAUUGCUUUCUAUGUACAGAUUUUAAAAUUUCAGACCUUCAUGUAUAGUAAUAAAAAUAAAGUUAUGACUCAACCAGUUUUAGUAUAAAUAGAAAUGUUUCACGAAUAUAUUUUGUUUAUAUUAAAUUAUUCUGAUAUAAUCGAAUAGUUCCAUAUUUAUGAGUAAUGCUUUUUUAAAAUUGCAUGUUCAAAAAUGCAUGAUUACUUUGCUUUAAUGACUAGCGAUACUGUAAGUAAUUCAUGAUUGCUAAUAUUCCAUCCUAUUUGUACCAUUUGUAAGUUAAGAUUUUUAUAAACCAUGCUCUAGAACCAAUACUCAUACAUGGUGUCCGUUUCCACAAACAGUGCCUCAUUUGGUCUCAGUACUCUUCUUACAUUACCUCUCAUUCAAAAAUGAAUUUUAUGCAUAUUCAUUGUAGUCUGUCCAAAAUCAUAAUGUACAGAUAUCUACAAAAGGAAAAACCUUUUCAAAGGCAUUGAAUUUAGUCAUCUGUCGGAGAAGAACUUAGCGUGUUGGAUGCACUUGUGAUGAAUGAAUGAAAUUAGAGUGGAAUUUGUCUGCAAAGUGUUCAGAGCUUCAUAUUUAUGAUGAGCAAAUAUAUUAAAACAUUAUUUUCUGUUCUGAAUUGUUUUGUUUCCAUACUCUAAAUUAAAAAAAAUAUAUAUAUAUAUUUUUAUUAUUUUGCCUGGACCAAAAAAAAAAAAAAAAAAAAAAGCAUGGCAACAAUAAACUGCAGUGAAAUGGCUGCUGUCAAUGCAUGUGUGACGUAAUUUUCAUUUAUAAAAGGGAGUACAAUUCCUUUUUGAGGAGGUUUAUUGGGGGUUAUGAAUUGCAGAAUGAAUGAUUUCCUUGAAUUGACAUUGAUUUAAUAUUAACCAUGGAUAUAAAGUAUUAACAUGAUGCAGUUUUUUUGAGAGAGAACAUUAUUAACAAAAGGCAAUCCUAUUGUAAUGAAUGUGUCAAUUUUUGCAAAGAUUUUAAAUGUUAGUUUGUUUCAUUGCGUGAACUGUUUAACUCUACAACAUAAUGCAGUUAAAUUUUGAAGGUUUCUAUAAAAAUAUUGAAACAUUUUUGCGUGCAUAAAAAGACAUAGCAUAAAAUUAGUCCAUUACUGAGCCAAAAAUUUUGUUUCUGCAAAUCUUCAAAAUUUAAUUGUCUUAUACCCAAGUAGAGACCAUGCAAUGAAAAGUCUUACAUUUGGAGUCUUUGUAAUGCGUUAUAUGUAACAAUUGAUGCAUCUAUUAUAAUGGAAUUGUCCAAAGAAGACAAUUUUGUGGUAAGUGAGCUUAAUGGGAUACGUAUUGCGUUCUUGAUCUGCAUUUUUUCCCCUUCGAAGGGCAGAUUUUAAAUUAUUGAUAAGUGUUGUAUCCUUUCGUGCCAAGCUUUGAAAUGUUGAUUAAAAUUCAUAAGAUGUUCAAGCUUUGUGUCAAUCUAAUGAUGCAAUGAAUUUAUCAUUAUGUAUAUAAAUUAUUUUCUUUUUCAUGUUAUCUCAUUUUUAAAUAUUUAUUUCUAAGAUGUUAAUGCUUUAAAUCCUGGGAUGUUUUGUCUGUAAUUGAAUUUGUUUAUUCUGAGUGCUAAGACAAGUUGGUUGAUGCUUUGGGUCUUAAAGUUACAUUGGAAUAAAAUAAUACAUUUUUAAAUACA